GAUGUCGCAUGUGCAUGCAUUCUCUUAUUUUAAAUUUUUUUAAAAAAAAUGAGCUUUAAAAAGUGGUCAGAGUUACAGUUAGCAGAGUAUUUGUUAUCAAAAGGAAUAUCUAUAGAUGCUACAGAAAAGCUUAAAAAUGAAGAAAUUGACGGGACAGCUUUUUUGGAGUUGAAUACAUUAUUGCUGCAUGCAAUGGGCAUCAAAAUGGGCCAGACCAUUAAAAUUCAAGCCAUAAUUGAGGGAAAAAAGGUGAAAAAUAUAAUUUUAAUAAAAUAUGGAGCUCAGAAAAUAUUAUUUAUUUUUUAUUAAAAAUAUAUUUUUAGUUAAAUAUAAAUUAUGAUGAUUAAAUUAAUGCAUUAGUGUAACAUUAUUUUUAUAUUUUACAUGAUAUUUUUCAGGGAUUUUUACGACUGAGUUGUUACUUGUGCACAAAAAAAUUUCAAUCCACUAAUGAUUACACUUAUCAUUUAAGAAACACGCACCUUUUGUUUGAACCUUGUUUUUUACGAUGCAAUGCUGAUGGUUGCAUGCGCACAUUCACACUUUAUAAAGUGUUACGUAAACACAUUAAAAAAACUCAUAUGUGUCAUAAUAAUUUGAAAGAAGUUGGUAAACAUUCAGAUAUUACUAUCCAAAAUACAGAAAAUGAAUACUUAGCUGAAGAUUACAAUGAGGUUUUAUAUUCUGAAAGUUUAACAAAAAAAAGUGUUUUUAUUGCACCUAUUGUAGACGAGUAUGGUGUUUCACACGCAGCAUUAAAAUUUUUGAUGUCUCUGCAAUCUAGUUCCAUUUCUCUAAGCGUAUCUCAGUUCAUAAUGGAUAGUUUAAAUGAGUUGUUAAAAGAUGUUAUUAAUUAUCUGCUUGCCAAGACAGGCGUUGUGUUAAAAACAUACAGAUGUGAUGCCGCAACAUUUAAUACUCUUUCAGAAGCAUCUAACAACUGGAAAAAUCCUUUAAAAGGCAUUGAUACUCAUUAUAAAAUGUUGAAUUAUCUUAAAGUAAAAGGUCUCUAUGUUGAACCUGAAACACAUUCAAUAGGAGAUCGGUGGGAUGUUAAGCGAGACAGAUCAACAAAGCAACAAAUGCAGGUGUGUGUAAAAAAUAAAUUUUACCUUAUACCAAUUGAAAAAACUUUGAAAUUGGUUUUGCGACAACCUGAGACUUGGAAAAUUUUAAAAAGAAACAAUGAGUCAGCAAAUGAUAUAGCAGAAGAUUGGUUAGACGGUAAGCAUGGGAGACAGCUAAAAACAUAUGCCAAACAUUAUUUUCCUAACAGUAUUCAUGUAUUUAUUCAGAUUUAUUUUGAUGAGGUAGAGACAACAAAUCCGCUUGGAUCCAAAACUGGAAUACAUAAGUUAAGUGCAUUUUAUUUCACAAUAAAAAACUUUCCACCAGCUGCAAAUUCUGCAUUAAGCAAUAUUCAUUUGUUGGCCUUGGCACAUUCGGAAGACAUUAAACGGUACACCACUGAUCCUGUUAUGGAAGUUAUUGUUCAGCAAUUAAAAGACUUACAUGAUGAGGGCUUUACUGUUUUUUGUGAUGGAAAAGAGAUAAAUAUUCGUUGUUUUUUAACACAAGUUGUUGGUGAUAAUUUAGGGCUACAUGCAAUUCUUGGAUACAUGGAAAAUUUUAGCAGUGCUUCAUUUGCUUGUGACUUGUGUAUGGCAACUCAGGAUGAGAUGCAAAAAGUAUUUUGUGAAUAUUCUCUUACAAUGAGGACACAACAAUCAUAUGAGCAACAUAAAGAGUGUGGCAUAAAGCGUCCCUCAACUUUAAAAAGUUUGAACUAUUACCAUCCUGGUUGUAAUGACUCAGCCGAUAUAAUGCAUGAUUUGUUUGAAAGUGUAAUUCCGUUUGAAGUCAAGUUAUUUUUGCGCCACAUACUUUAUGACUUGAAGCUUAUUAAUCUCCAUGGGCUUAAUUGUCGUAUUAAUACAAUGGAUUAUGGUCUGGUUAGUAACUCAAAGCCAAGUUUUAUAAGUGAGUCACAUUUAAAAAGUCACAGCUCAUUGCUUGGACAAAGGUCAGCUCAGAUGCUGAUUUUGUUUUUACAUUUACCAUGUAUUUUAGCUGAUGUUAUUGACAAAGUAGAUAAUUUAAAAUGGCGUUUGUACCAAUUGCUAAAACAGCUGACAGAAAUUAUUUUAUUGCCAAACUCUGUACUGUCGCAUGUUUUGUACUUAAAAGAUCUUGUAUCAGAGCAUCAUGAGUUAUUUGAACAAAUAUAUGUUUAUCACAGUGUAUAUACACUGUGA